AGAAAAUCGAACCAAACCUGGAGAUUUGAAAUCAUACUCACAAAUGACUCAUUAUGUUAUCUAGAUAUGGAAAGCGUUAUCAACAAGAAUGAGUGAAGUUGUAGUAUUUUUAGGUUAACGUCAUGAUUUGAAUUUCAAUUACUAAUUGCGAAGUUUAUUUCAAUUUGUAUCGGCUUGGACAUUCUGACAUUCUAAUAUCAUCAGUCCAUGAAGAGGUUGAAAAAUGGAUAACGGACUAAAACGUGUUGCUAUAUGCUUUCUCUUAUGGAUAGUCUGUAGCUCAGUGGUAUAUACGAAACACAGGCCAAGAAGAGAUUUGAAUAUAGUACAUGAAUGGUCACAAAUAGAAUUUGAUUAUCAUUCAGAAGUCGAGAGGCAAGCGAAUAUAGAUAGUGGCUUUUUCAGAGAUGGGACAAUUGUUCCAUUGGAUUGUGAUGUUUAUUAUUCAGGUAAUACAAGCACCGUUUUCAUCACUACACCAAGGAUUCACAGUGGUACACCGGUAACACUUGGUAUUGUGACUGACAGGACGAGAAAUGGCAAUCCAAUUGUUGCACCAUAUCCAUCCUGGAGUUGGCACAAUAAUUCGAAUGAAUGUCCAGUCAACGGAAUUUCAUCCGCUUUCAGAAUUACGAUUGAUGAAUGUGAAAGACUCUGGGUUAUAGACAUAGGACCACUCAACGAUGUUAUAACAUGUCCUGCAAGAUUGCUGGUAUUCGAUCUAAGAACAAAUCAUCUUCUGCUGCGAUAUGAAUUUCCCAACAGUGUGUUAUUAUCCAACUCUUUCUUGUCUACACUGGUGGUAGAUGUUGUGGAUCAAGCAAAUAGUUGUAGAAAUACAUUUGUAUACUUAGGCGAUGUCAGAGGCUUCCAAAUGAUCGUGUAUGACUUAGCGCAAAAUAGAAGUUGGGCUGUUCGUGAUAGAACCAUGUAUCCCUAUCCAAAUUAUGGAAUUUACAAUAUCGCAGGUCAACAAUUUUAUAUCAUGGAUGGCAUAGUUGGAAUGAGCCUAACACCGAAUAAACCAGGAGAACCCAGAAGACUAUUUUAUCACGCUAUGUCUAGCCCUACAGAGAAUUGGGUGUAUACCUCCUACCUCAGAAAUGAAACGAUUUUCAGGAAUAAUCCGUUUGCUGCACCACAAAUCUUUCACACUUAUCGAAAUACGAGGAGUACACAGAGUUCGGCUGAAGCAAUCGAUAGGGAUGGAAUAAUGUAUUAUGGUUUGCUGGGUGAUAUCAAAAUCGCUUGUUUCAACACACAAGGGAUCUACCAGAAUAAAAAUAGCACAGCCAUCAUCGCAGAUAAUCCAGUCACCUUGCAAUUUCCUGAUGGAGUGAAAAUCAGCACUAAUUCUCGAGGUAGACAAGAAUUGUGGAUUUUGACUUCAAGAGCCCAGUAUGUGGCUACAGGAACCAUGUUUGAUGUAAAUGAAACAAAUUUCAGAAUUAUGGUAGCCGAUGUUAAUCAGUUAGUUUCUGGAACCUCCUGCAGGCAUUCACAACCACGUGGAUUGACCAACAAUCCUGAUAUUUAUUUACCUUGAGAUUUAUCGGUAUAUUCUGAAUACUACAAUCGUCCUGGAUUGAGAUUAUAGUUGUAUUAUUGAAUUUUUCAUUAUAAUGAUUGAAUAUCGAAAUAUGUUCUCAUUCAAAUUCAAGUCGAAAAUUAUGAUCGAUGAAACAAAAUUUCACUUUGUUAUGCCCUGAGAUACAUCAAAAUUCACAGGGUGUCUCAGAAUAACGUUCGUAAAAUAAUUUCAUAUAGUUAUUCAUUCCAGAACAAAAAGUGUACAUGUAUAGAAACAAAUUGAAAAUUGAGAUGAAUAAAUGCAAGAUACUCGAUAAGUAAAUGAAUACUCGCUUCGAGAUUACUUAAUCUAUUUUAAAACUCAGAUAAAAACAUAUGGAAGGUAUGAGAA